AACACAUUUACUGUCUAGAAGUUAUCCUCAGCCGAACAUGGUCAGUGCAGUCGUUGAUCUAUCAGACGUACAUCUGUCCUUGUUUGUAGCGUCAAAAUUUGCUGUUUUACAGAUACGACAUCAUCGACGUACAACUUGAACAUAAAGCUUUCCCCUCGCCAACACACGUAGCAAUGAUAAAAUUGUUUUUAUAGUUGUACCAAGGUCGUCCGAUUACGCACUGGCAGGCCCAAGGACCAUCUCGUUGCGCAUUCCUUCUUUCGACGAGUCUACCAUUACCGCCGUUAAAACACAAUGCCAACUUGUCACUGUGCUCACACUCUCUUACAGUUAGUAGUUCUACUGCUAAUUCUCCAAGAUGUAUUUCACGCCACUGCAAUUUUCCGCAAUUACACCGUUGACGAUAGCGAUUCGUCCUGGAUCUACAGCCCUUAUGGAGCGUGGAAUAUAGGAAACGAUUGUCAUGGCUGUGACGCUCAACCUAACGCCACCUUGGCUUACAAUCAUACCUGGCAUGAUGCUGCUUUUUAUGCUCCUCCCAAUCAGCAGACAAUGACAGAUCCCAAUGUGCCGUUUACGGCCAAUAUUACCUUCAACGGCACUGCCGUAUAUGUUUUUUGUAUCAUGCUCAAUAGCGCGACAUAUCCGAUCUUUGGAGCCUCAGACAUAAGCUUUCAUAUGGAUGGGGUUCCAGUCAGCACGUACCAGAACUCACCGACAGAGAACCUGGAUACCUAUACAUAUAACGUACCUGUUUUUGCCAUGCCGUCUCUUAAAUACGGGACACAUUCAUUGAUGGUUCAAAACGGAGUCGCUAACGGGACCGAUGCGCUGAUUCUGCUAGACUACAUCCUUUACACGGCGGACGAUGGCCUUGAGUCCAUUACCCCCGGUCCUUCAAACAUUGUAACCACGAAUUUGCCUACACCGUCGCCUUCAUCUCCGAGUCCCUCAACUUCCAGCACCAGCAGUUUGUCAGUGAAGAAUUCCAACGCGCGAAAUUUUAUGGCAAUAGAAAUAGCUGUUCCCAUUAGGAUCGUUUUAUUGCUAGGGGUGGCUUUAUUCUCUCUCUGGCGAAGACAUCGCCUCCGUCCACUCGAGGUCCGCCGCCAAAAUCUGCGAGUUCAACCUUCAUAUUUUUUCCCCGUAGACCAUCAUGAUGGGCAUACUCAAUCGCCCCGAGCUCAAAAGCACAAUCCUCGUGGUUGGUCCGAGGGUUCCACUUUUGUGAGCGCCAGGUCGCCUCGUGAAGAGUUGUCGACCUCGACUACCACGCGAAUAGUAGAAAUCGAAAUCUUGCCCCCUGCGUAUUGUGCUACGAUCGAUUUACUUAGUCAUGAUCAUUUUUUCAAAAUACGGUUCACUGAUCUAUGGCAGUCACCAGCCCCAUAUGCAAACCUUUCACUCUGUCUUAAAGUUCUGAAAUAGAUAAUGGAGGAAUGGACACCAUAUUAUUAAUGCAGAACAGAGAAAAUGGGACAACGUUCAAGUUGACCUGCAGGAAUAUCACCUAUCUCCAAUCUUCAGGACUUGCUACAGAUUCUUUUCCAAAAUUACG